AUGUCUAAGCUCUUUGUUCACGGCCUUUCUUGGCAUACUAGCGAUGACACCUUGCGCGAAGGUUUCCAGCAAUUCGGAGAGAUCCAGGAAGCCAUUGUCGUGAAGGACCGUGCGACUUUACGCAGCCGUGGCUUCGGCUUUGUCCGCUUUGCUACUGACGCGGAGGCGGAUGCUGCUUUGAACGCCAUGAACAACCAAGAAUUUGACGGACGGGUCAUCCGUGUUGAUAAGGCAUUUGACCGCCCCCAACGCUCCGAAGGUGGCUUCCAGGGCCGUGGUGGAUACAAUUCCCAGCCCCAAUCUACUUAUCAGGGUGGUGCGGGUGGUAACUAUGCUGGAUACAACAAUGGCGGUUACAAUAACGGAGCUCCCGGUGGAUACAGCGGGGGCGGCUACAACCGUGGGUACAACAACUUCGCCCCUAACGGUCCCGCUGGCUACGGCGCAGGUCCCGGCGGUUAUGGUGGUGGCCCUAACACCGGCUAUGGCGGUGGCGGAGGUGAGUGA